CCACCAACAGACGGACUGAAACGGAUCGACGACGCUGCUGGAACAAAACGCUCUCUGUGCAAGGCGGUAUGAGAGACACGGCGCUUCGAUGCUUCAAACGACUGGACGACUGCGUCACUCUGAAGUCCCGGUGCCUGCGGAAGGUGGUCUUGCUGAUAAUGACGGCGCGUAAGCCACCGGACGACCGCGCAUGCCCACCGGAGCUGAACCCGUUCAUCAGCUUUCCCAGCGACCUGGUCGAAGACCUCAUCGAGACCGUCAUCCAGAUGUCACCGCGGGCUCGAGACAAGAUCACACCUGACGUGCGCGCAGACGACCUAAGCCUGCUCGUCCGGAGCGGCCGGGUGCGCUGCUUCUCGCUGUGGGACGUGGAGAUGCACAGCCGCGAUUUCUCGGCGGCGCUCCGGCAGCUGAGUGACACCGGUGCGGCAGCGAUGCUGCAGGAGUUGGAGAUCGACGGCGUGUACGUGCGGGGCCGCCGGCCGGAGUCCAUCCUCCGCAGCCUCGACAACGUCGGCCGGCUGCUCCGCGCUGCACCAAAGCUGCGGGCGCUCAGGCUGGGCCUGAGCGGCCGUUCCCUCCUGGACUUGGCAGCGCUCGAGCACCUGGAAGAACUGAGUCUCACGUAUGACUGCCACCGCGAAUUGGACGACAUCAUCGGUCAGGCUGAAAAAAACGGUGACCCUCUCUGGCCUCGGCUGAGGUGCUUUUCGUACGGCGACUACUUCUCGAGCGCUUCGCGACGCACCGUGUCCUACCUCCUGUGCCACUGCACCCAACUCGUCGAGCUCCGGGCGGACGUAUCCGGAGCCCUGUUGGACCUGCACGAGCAACAGUUCCUGCAGGAAGGGGGCCUCGUCUGCAGGUACCGGCUGCAGAAGACCGCCUUCGGCUCAUUCGUAUACGGCUCCGACCAGCAGAAAGGCAAACCACAGAGGGACUUGGACAUCUGCGGCCCGUCCGCACUCUGCGUGCAGAUAGCCACGGUCGCGUGCCCGAAUCUCGUCGACGUGGACGUGUACGUCGACUGUCACGAGUCCGUGCUGGCACUGGCCGAGUUCUCGCACCUUCGUUACCUGAAGCUGAUGUGGGUCAGCAGCAAGCUGGCCGGAUGCUUCGAGACAAGCACGCUCAGUCUUCUGCACGAAGUCGGCUGCCAGCUGGUGGAACUGUGCCUGCACUCUUUCGUCAAUGUGGACCUGAAUGCCGUGGCAUUCCUUUGUCCGUCGCUGGAGGCGUUCGGCCUAAUACAGUGCCGCACCGUGGCGAAUCACGUCCCCGUCUCCCUGCCUUUUGCUGGCCUUACAAAGGUUCGUGUUAUCCCGCCGCCAGACUACCCAGCUAUACAGGCGGAGGACGACCUGUGCUGUGUCCUCGGUUCUUGUUCGGCGCUCAAGUCCUUCGUCGUAGACCUCGUGGCCGAAGACUUCGAGCUCCUGGUCGACCGCCUACUGCAGUCGACCCACAGCGGCUUUCGCUCGGUAGAGCUGGCAGGCCUUUACUUCCAACAGCCCACUACGACGCCCGCAGUGCGGGACGGUGUGCUCAGGCUACUCCUGGCGUGUGAAGCACUCAGGUACCUGGUGGUUGCGGACACUGAGUUGGGCGACCUCGCCAAGCAGGUCAAUCCACGGCUGAAAAUUCGAUUCGAGUACCUUUACGUCGGCCUCUAAAGAAGCCAUGAAUGCCGGAAAACGUCGUUAAGCGCUGUCCAGCAACAACUUCAAGUUCUUUGAAUUAAUAUCUCGAGUUGCGG